AUGGCCUCUAAUCGCCAGUAUGCGCCGAUGCAGCGGAAGGCGCCACCGCAGAUGCCGCCGCAACGCGCCGAAGCGCCGGUGCCGGAACGUGGCCUUGGCCUGGCGGUGGCGCAUCUGCGAGUGGUUUUGGAGGAGGGUCGCCGAGGUGGAUGGCCGGCCUGGUCCGCCCUGGCCGCCGAGCUGACGAUGGAGGACAGGACGGCGCUCGCCGAGCUGGUCGCCGCCCUCACCAUCGUUCCCCCUGGGGUGGCGCCGAGUCAAGAGGCGGUGGCAGCACACAUGGGACGCCUCUUCCCCGCCGUCGCGGCCCAGGCGGGUGGUCCAACGACGAGCACGCCGGCCCCGACUUCAAGCACUCCCGGGACGCCGACCAUGACACGAUCAGCUUCUACGCCGGUCUUCCCUGGAGCAUCGCCGGCUACAUGGGCGGGGCAGGUGAAUUGGAACCCGCCGGCUUCCCUAUCCACUUCGCCGGCUGAAGGAGUAUCGGCCAGCGUGUUCCUCGACGCCCCCGCGCCGGACCGCACAGGGGCGGCCUUCUUGGCCACAGGCGCGCCGGAUACAGCUUGGGCACGCCAGCCGUCUGGUUUGACCGCCGAGACCAUUCGCCGCAACCUGGCGAGGAUGGAGGCCGAGUCGGCGGCCGCCUCAGGAGCUCAGACGCCGGGUGUGGUGAUAGAGAUCGACGCUGAUGGGCGGCGUCGCCGGGUGCCGCCGCGUGGAGCAGCGGAGCGCCCAUCGAGGCCGACAUCGCCGCCGAGGAGCCGGACGACGCAGCAGCAGCCUUACACGCCGAUGUCUGUGUCGGCGGCCACCCAGGCCACCGACGAGGUCCUGAACGACGCCGCGAUCAGACUGGCGAUGUCCAACCGCAACAACGCCGGGUCCGACGUCGACAUGAUGGACACAUCUGACCAGCAGGCGCCGGUGGCGACGGGCCGCCGGUCUAUCUUCCCCCCCAUCGUCGCCGACAAUGCCGAGCACAGGGGCCGAGCACAUCGCCGACAUGGAGAAAGACCAGCCGCGGCGGGUGACCCGGCACCGCCGGUGCCGAUCCCGGACAUGGCGCCGUUGGAGGCGAGACCGGUGCCGUGGACCCCAGCUCAGCCGACGACUUCGCCGUUGUCAUCGGUGCCUUCUACCCCGGGAACCUUCCCGCCGGUGCCCCCUCUGACGCCGUUGACACAGAGCAGGGCGCCGUCGCCACCACCGCCAGAGAGGACUACUCCGAGACGCCGCUCCAAGGACGCCAGGGGCAGCUCCCAGACGCCGCGAGGUGCAUCGCCUUCGCCGGGGCCGACCCGCCGCUCUGGGACGGUCGGUCUGCGGUCGAAGCUCAGCAACGCCGAGAUCGGCGAAAUCCAAAGGAAUCUUCCUGAGGAUUAUCGCCGAUACAAAGACCGGAUGCAUGCCCGCGGGGCGGCCGCCGAAGACGCCGCGCCGCAGUCUGUGCGCCACCUGGCCAAGCCGACGAUCGAGGAUGUGAUCUCGACGGAAGAAGCGGCGGACGCCGGGGAUGCCGCAUCAGUGCCGAAGGUCCCGCCGUUGGAUGCGCCGACCUUCUGUGCGUAUUGGUUCUCCCGCCGCCUGCCAGAAGGCUUUCUCGGCGCUCGCAUACCCUGGGAGACCCAGGGGCAUCGCCGCAGGGUGGCGGGAUGGUGUGCACAUCCCUGCACCUGCCCGGGGUGCCCAUACGUCGCCGAGUGCCGGGAGCUCACAUCCGCCGGUCGCGGCCGCUGCCUCAGGCCCAUCAUUAUUGGGAACGGCGCCGAUCACUUUGACCAUAACUGCGUGGGGCGACGCCGCCGGAUAGUGGGCGGCGCUUUGGCGGCAGGGCCUUGGGCUAGGCAGUCUUCCAGAGUCGGUCGCCGGACGGCGCAAAAGAAAGGGCAGUCUGCAGCCUUGCCGGUCGAACCCCGCCGACGACGACGCACCAUCAACAGCAUGGCCUUGGUACCGACGACGACGCCGGGGCACGGAACCGUCAGUGAGUUCCUCAAGCUGGUCGCCGAGGCCGGCGGCACAGCCCACUUGGCGACCUUCGCCCGACUUGGCGUUGUGAACACGCCGGCGGUUCGGGAAUCCUUCCCGGUACUGCUGGACCACGGCGUGCCGGAGGCGGUACUGGUGGCGAUCCUGGCCCCAGUCCCGCCGGCGACGCCGACGGCACUGGUCAGCCAGACCAGGACCGAUGUUCCCGAGCGCCGGUCGACGGCCCGGGCGUCGAUGACUGCGGCACUUGAGGCCAUGGAGCCCAGUCGCCGCGCCGACACCCUGGCGGCGAUCGACUCGAACCUGCUGGCUCAGUCCACUCGCCGGGCCAUGGAAUCUCGCGUGAAGAUGCUGACGGCGCUCGCCGACCGCGGCAACUUCCCGCUCUUCCCCCUCGACGCCCAGAAGUUGCAGCUGAUCGCCGGUGCCUUGAG